AUGCGCGCAUCGGCACAAGCUGCCUGUCUGAUAAAAUUUCGUAAGCUAAUUAGUCAAACUGGCACGGAUGAUGAUUUAUUCGAUAGAAUUAAUUAUAAAUAUACAGUAGCAUUUUUACUAUUAUUAACCUUAUUAGCAACUACAAGUCUAGUUGGAUCAAAUCGUAUACAAUGUUGGUCUCGAGCAAAUUAUCCUAAAUUCUAUGUUAAAUAUAUAAAUUUCAUUUGUUUUAUAACCGAAACAUAUUAUAUUUCGCAUGAUGAAAAUAUACCGAAAAAUAUCGCGGAUAGGAAAAGUCGUUUGCUUAACUAUUACCAGUGGACACCAUUUAUCAUUCUAUUAAUGGCUCUAUUUUUCUAUUUACCUCGUAUGAUAUGGCGUGCAUUGAGUGUUCGAUCAGGUAUUGAUCUAUUGGAUAUUAUCGAAGCAGCUGGUGAAAGUAAAACGGUGAAAGAAGUUAGUGAUCAUGAUGAAAUGGUUAAAUAUAUUGUUGAUACAAUUGAUAUGUAUGUAGAUGAUGCUAGACGACAACAAGAUGCUGAUAAAAGGCAGACACAUAUAUUACGAAAAUUAUGUCAGUUAUGUUGCUGUAUGUUAGGUAAAUUUUUGGGAAAUUAUUUUAUUACAUUAUAUUUGUUUAUCAAAGUUGUCUAUAUUUUAAAUGUUAUUUUGCAAAUAUUAUUGCUAAAUUUAUUCUUGGAUACAAAUUUUAUGAAGUUUGGUUUUGAAAGUAUUAAAAUGUUUCGUUAUGGCUUAAAUCAGCCAGAAUCAAAAUAUUUUCCUCGUGAAACACUCUGUGAUUUUUAUGUUCGUGAACCAUUGAGAGGUGGUGAACCAUUACAACGAAUAACAGUACAAUGUGUAUUAACUGUAAAUUUAUUCAACCAGGUAUAAAUAGAAAGUUGACAUCGAUCUAUAGAUAAAUAUUUUACUAUUUAGAAACUAAACUUUUUGAAUGGAUUGGAAAAUCUAAUAUUUUCCAAAACAUUGAGAAUUCUAACGCAUUCAAAGACAUUGAAAAUUUUGUUUAUUCUAAUGAAAUUAGAAUCAAAUUUUUCUUUGAAUUGAUUUAGAUUUCUAAUUUUUGAAAUAUAUUGAAAAAUCUGCUGCUGAAAGUACUCAAAGACAGUUGUUGACACAUUUGAAGGCAUUUAAGACAUACAGGAAUUCGAUUUUGACACCUCUGAAUACUGACAAGAAGACACUUUAAAAAAUCUUAGAAGACAAUUCGACUAUACUAAAAUAACUACUGGGUCUCACUGCAAGAUAGAUUUUGUAUCACAUUUUGAAUAACAACAAUUGUACUUACAAAAUUGGAUAAUAUCAUAAAAAAUCACAAGAAUACUUUAGAUUCGGUUACACGCUAAAGAUUCUUUACGUGUCUGAAUGUGGUAUUUCUUGUGUAUGUUCAUGAAAAAGUUUUCUGAAAGUCUUAAACAGCAAUUCCAUUAGUCCAAAAGAAUGGUGGUUAUAGGAAAAUGUCUCUGUAGACAAAUAUGCAAAAGAGGGGACUUAAAACUGAAAAUCACCACUGGACUACUGGAAAUCUAUUUUUUGGAUAUUUAACCUUUUUAGCUCUUUUUUUAUCAAAAAACAAAAAUAGUUACGAUUAGAUUCUUUAUCUUGUAGAAGAAUGUCUCAGUUUGAAAUUGGACCAGUCUUAGCUCAAUACAUUUUGAUCUGAUUGAGAUUUCUCUGCAAUACAAACAAUCCCAAUUUGGCUCACGUUCGAGUGACAUUUGCUAAAUGUUGAUAGACAGAGCCUCGAAAAAAUUGUAAACUCUUUUAUAAGGUAUAAUUAGGCGUUUUUAGUUACUACUGUCCGUUUAAAAAUAUAAUGGAGUAACUCCUUUUUUUAAUAACUAUUUAACAAUGAGAUAGAGACUUGCGCCAUCGUGUA